ACAGAGCGAACCGGUUUGUAAGAAGGAAGAGCCAAAAACCGUCUUGUGGCUCCUCUCAGUUCCGCGCAGUGGUUCGUCUGCUUAGCAAGGAUCACGCGGAUCUGUGUUUUAAGAAAUCGGCACGCGGCUUACACUUCAAAAGUGAUCAUCUAUACAUUUAGUACCUAUCCAGCAUAUCUGGUGGCCAUCGAUUACCUCAGCCUCUGCUGCACCCGUGCGGACCGACGGAAACGCCCCUUCCUAGUCUUAUCGCAGCGCAUUUACUCUACGUGGCCGCUUUGGUGCAGUGCAUUCACGGAUCUCGAGAGAAACCCAACAGCGCCAUGGCCCAAAAAGUGUUGCGCCGCGUCUUUGUGUACGGGACGCUGAAGCGCGGUGAGCCAAACCACCAUCUGCUGGCCAACGCUGACAACGGGUAUGCCAAGUUCAUCUGCAAGGGCUCGACGAACCGGCGCUUUCCGUUGGUGAUCGCCACCCGGUACAACAUUCCGUUUCUGCUGGACAAACCCGGCACCGGCAGUUACAUAACGGGCGAAAUCUAUGAACUGGACGAGCCGCUGUUCCAGCAGUUGGACGUGCUGGAGGACUACCGGAAGUUGUACGAUCGGCAGAUCGAGGACAUCAACGUUGGCGUGGAGGAGGGCAGUAUUCCGUGCUGGAUGUACUUGCUGCGCAACUACCCAGAACGCUUGCUGAAACGGCCCAUGCUAACCGAGUACCGCAAUACAAUCGAGCUGCCCUAUUCGCGUCGUCCUCCCGGCAAAGUGAACAUUUUUGAGGAACUCCAGAAGGAGCAAUCGGUGGCGUAGUGGGCUAAGAGAGGCUCUGCCCAAUUGCCAUACUUUCGAGGAUUGCCGAGUUAAUUGAGGGAUCGAGGGGAAACGUCGGGGGAGCAAAGUCACGGGGUUGUACUUAGUGUUAAAAAAAUAAAUACAGCACAGUUUAAG